AUCGUACAAAUCGAAAUUAAUGUCAUGUUGACGUUUAAUAAUCAUUAUCACUUCCACUUCUAAAACUGCAAUGGCUGUUUGUGUGGCUGUUAUUGGGAAAGAUAACUCACCAUUGUACAUUGGUGGAAUAGGUAAUGACCCUAAUGCGGAUAAUGAGCUAUCCAGGCAGUGGCUAGUUCACACUGCUCUUGAUGCGUUGGAAGAGAGACUAUCAACAACUAACAAUAGCAACACCAACUCCAGUACAAAUACAGCUCGAGCUGAUUUACGCGAUCUAUAUCUCGGUUUGCUGUAUUCCACUGAUACUCAUAAAAUAUAUGGUUAUGUUACCAAUACAAGAAUAAAACUUGUACUUGUGACAAGCUCGACAUCGCCUGGGAGUAACAUAAGAGAUGCAGAGGUCAGGACUGCUCUUCGUAGACUUCAUGCUUUAUAUGCCGACGCUAUUUGCAAUCCUUUCCACUUACCUGGCGAUCAGAUCACUUCACUAAAAUUUGAUAAACAAGUGAAAAGCUUAAUGUUAAACAAUGUUUGAGUAAUGAAGAUAAAUGGGAAAGUGUUAAAAAUUUUAUUUAUGUAUUUAUUAAGUUACUAGAUUCUUAUGUAGAGACCCUUUUUUGUAUUAUGUUUAACUAAUUGUAAUUAAUGUCUCAUUUUAGUAACUUUUACAUUACAUAUUGCUUGUUUCAGAAAUUUCGACAGUAACAAGCUUAAUGUUUACUAAGUCUGUAAUUCCCUUAUUUAUUAGGUUUAACUCUAUUAAAAGUAGUGUUAGUAUUCCUAACACGUAAAACUCU